UCAACGAGAUGAGCCAUGGCAAUAGAAAACAAACCAGAGGAGGAAUUUGACACAGUUUUCAGUCUAAAUGACUCCCUGGAGCUCUGCUCCCAUUCAGAGCAUGACUGCGGAAAGGCUCGCAUCUUCAAGAUAAUAGUCAUAGGGGACUCAAACGUGGGGAAAACGUGCUUAACUUACCGCUUCUGCGGAGGCACUUUCCUGAAAAACCCAGAGGCAACUAUCGGGGUGGAUUUCAGGGAGAGGACGGUGGAGCUGGACGGAGAGAAGAUCAAGUUGCAGAUUUGGGACACGGCAGGUCAGGAGCGUUUCAGAAAGAGCAUGGUGGAACACUACUACCGCAGCGUCCAUGCCGUCAUCUUUGUGUAUGACGUCACCAAUCUGCCCUCCUUCCAAAGCAUUCCUGAGUGGAUUGAGGAGUGCAGCAGACACUCUGUGGGGCCACUGGUGCCACGCAUCAUAGUGGGAAACAAGUGUGACCUGAGGGAGCUUCGGGAGGUGCCCGCCUCUGCUGCUCACUGUCUUGCAGACAGCUACAACUUCCCCCUUUUUGAGACCUCGGCCAAAGACCCCGCUGAGAAGGAGCACGUUGAUGCCAUCUUUUUAACUUUAGCUUAUCGGCUGAAGAGCCACAAACCUCUGAGACUAAAGCAGCUGAAUGAGAGCUGUGUCACAGAGCUGAGGGAUCAGAGAGAACAGGAAAUGACAUCUUGUCAGUGCUAAGGUCAACUGUGGACUCAUAAACUGGACAAAGGCUGCAGCCGCCAUUAAAACAUCUAUUUCAAACCAAUUUUGUCACUUAGUUACUGAGCAGCAAUCAAAAAUUAAAAAGACACCUUAUCUGAUGACCCAAAAAAAA